UCUUGUUCUUCUCCGCGAGGAUUUUCCUGGCGCUCGAGGGCGCUGGCGCCCGAUCGCAAGCAAAUGGGGGGCGAUAGGCCGAGCGGCGAUCUCUACGCUGUUCUUGGGCUCUACCGGGGAGCGUCGCCGAGAGAGAUUCGCAGUGCGUACCGAAGGCUUGCGAGGAUUUGGCACCCGGAUAAGUACCUCGGAAGGGAUCCAGAGGCGGCAAAGUUAAAGUUCCAGGAGAUCCAUAACGCCUAUGUGGUGUUAUCGGACUGGAAAAAGAGGUUAUUGUAUGAUCAACAAAGCCAGUUUCAAGGAUUUCACCAAAACCCCACCUAUGGAAUGAAGGAUUUCUUGGGUGAAUUGCGGACGAUGAUGCAACAGCAGGUUCACGAGGAGGAAAACGCGAGCUUUGAGGAUCUGCGAGCUACCUUUUUCAGCAUGUUCAGUCCAGAGCAUUCGUUUCAUUCGAAUCGAUCGCUUUUCAACAAGCUCGAGAACGCACACUUGCAAAGGUUUCACACCCGCCACCGUUGAUCGAGAUGGGAGCUCGCAAUUUUGUACAUAUCUACAGGAAACGAAUAAAUCGAAGUUCUCACUUCUGAGUUCACACGAAAAA